ACGAAUACGCCUCUAGCAUUGGGCGAUUUCGAAACGAUGGCGAAGAUCUCCUGCGCCCCUCACUUUUAGUCACUCUGCUUAGCGCCUUGUACCUGCUGAUCUGAUAUGUCCUGAUGAGGAUUAACUACCCUCCCCCCAUGCAUCAUGUUACAUGUACAUUGACUUUCGUAUGUCGUGUAAGCCUAACUCUACGGAAUGGAGUCGGGGGGGGGGAAGGAAACGUCGGAAUGCACCUGCUUAUUUACUCAAGUAGUAGUUUAGUGCAUAGUUACUGUAUAUGGUUGGCUGUUUAUGGCCUUGACCAAUUUCUGAGUGCUAUUUACGUGUGCUGUAUACUGGUUUCGCUCCCCCCCCCCUUUUUUCGUAUGUGGAUGGGUGGAUAUUAUGCGUAUAGGCUGCUGCAGUAUAAUCUGCAUGAGGCAGGUACAGGUUGAAGGGGUUGUGGUUCGUUAAUUGUUGUAAGGUGGAUAGAUCAUGGUAUCCACAUCAAGGGACAAAAAGCACAUGUGGCAUUCCAGGAACCGUGGACUUGGAAAUGCA